AUGGCGCAGCAGACAUUGUUCUUGGACAAUGCGAACUCCUGGAAUCCCGCAUCAUGGCCAGAAGAUGAUUCGCCUUCUAAUGCGGCGGCCUCUACGGAAGGUGGUUUGGCCGACCUCCUGGCCGCAGCAAGUCCGAAACAAACUCGAGCUUCCGAUACGAAAUCGCCUCUAAGCGACGACGAUUUCUCUGCAUGGAACGUCUCAAGUGAGACUGGCAAUAAUCUAGUUCGGGUCGAAGAUGCGAAUGGGAUGACUCCCAAGGUGGAUGAUACCCCGGUCGAGGAAAGUCUCGAAGUCAGGGACGUCGAGAACGUGAACAGUUCGACGACCCACGAUCUCGAAGAUACAGUGACCCCUACGGAAUAUACAACUCAACCCGAAUCAUCCGAUGUACCAUCCACAGAUGAGCAGUCUGCACCAGCGUUCCCGUCCUCCUCUGAACCCACCGCCGCCCCGACCGAACCCGUACUCUCGCCAGCCGAUGCCCAAGAUUCCCUAUCGAGCAAGCAUGUCCAGUUUAUGACCGACCACGAGUCCUCCAUUCUGGCCGAGUUGGAGAAGGAUGAAGACAACACUCUGACUACCCAAGUGGCUGAGCCGACCGAUCCACAAGGCUUGAUUGCCGAGCCGGCUGCUGUUAUUCAACCUGCGCGCUCUCAAGCCGAUCAACCUCCUGUCCGGUCUGUCGAAAUUGCGUCAUUUGAGGAGCAACCGGAACAGCUGCAAGCCGACCAACCUCAUACAGAGCAGUUACCCACACCCCGAGCCGAAGUGGAGCUUGUUGUUCCCGAAGAGCCGAUUUCGACAUCCCUUACACCAGGAAACGAUCGUCAUUUAGAGGCCGAGUCGCCUGCGCAAGAGUCAAGCCAGAAUGAUGCCAAUCCUUGGAGCAUGGAAGCGCACCACGAUGUGGAUUCAGAUGGGGAUGACUUCUUCAACCAAUUAAAGACUCAAACCAAGCCCAUCUUCGCACCCCCCGAGGCUGAGUCCCGGUUUGAAGAAGGAGUACCGCUGUUGGAUGAAGAGAGCCCGAAAUCGCCAGUGCGCGAGGAACACCUGGCAAACCAUAUUGCGGACCCCUUUGCCAAUGACGAAAACGACGGGGAUGACUUUUUCAGCUCGUCUCACAAAGCUGAAAUGAGUGAUGACUUUUCUUCCCCGUAUAUUACCCGCAAGAGUACGUCUCAGGUCAUGGAAUCAGUUGGGUUCAACAUCGACUCUCCUACUAGCGAUACGUCGGCUGCUGCCCAAUUUGAUGAUCUGAAAGCUGCCGCUACGUCUGAACCCGUAGAGUCUGCGGUUCAGGCGGAAGUAGCCGCAGAGCCUUCGGAAGACGAUCUCGCUGCACGAUGGGAAGCGGAAUUGAGUGAUACAGGCGAGGAUGAGUUGGCUGCUAGAUGGGAGGCCGCGCUCGACCUGGAUGACGACGAUAUGCUCUUGGAGGAUGAUACAACUACACUUGUAUCAGCUCAGCCCCAAGCUGCUACACCGGGAGAGCAAUAUGUUCCUCAGACCGUGACACCAUCGGCCGUAAACUCUGGUCCCACUGGCUUGAAUAGUCCGUUCGAGACCCCCAACAGUCAGACGCAGCCUCGGCCUAUUCCCGGCAUAUAUACGCCACAUCAACCUACAACUGCGGACCUUAUUGGAGGCAUCCCUUUACCUGGAGCACCCCCAGUGGCGAACACUGUGACCCCGCCAUACUUCGCCCAGAAGCCGUCGAAUCCCGUCCUGCCUCCUCGCGGGGAGAGCUUCGCAGAGCGAUCAAAAGAGGGCUAUAAAUCUCCAUACGACCUGCCAGACGACUUGUCUCGACCUAGACGGCCGGUGGCUACUCACAAGCCUGCUCCAUUGCCUGUGAGCAGUAUGCCUCCACCUCCACCACCCAGCAGUGGCACGCCCAAGUAUAGCGUACCCCCAGCUGCAACUGCUCCUCUCGCUGCUGCUGCGCCGGCGCCGGCAGCACCAUCUGGCCCAAAGAACUUUUACGAAGAGCUCCCCUUGCCGAUUCCAAAGUCUCGACCUGCCACGAGCUCGGGACGAUACUCCCCCAACCCCGCCGCGACCACGAAGACUGGUUCGUCCCCUGCUGGUCCCCCGCCCCCGCAAAACCCAUAUGCACCCACCGCACCUCUUGCUGCUUUGCCAGCCAAUGUGCCGUCCCAGCCUUCCCUGCAGCCACCAGAGCGUUUGGACCCAUAUGCUGUGCCCUCGCUGUUGGCAUCGAGCGCCCCAGCUGGUCCGCCUGCUGCAUCCCGGUAUUCCCCUCAGCCUCCUGGCUUGCAGCCAUCGGCGAAGCCACCUUCAAUGCCUCGAUAUUCACCCGCACCUCUUCCUUCGGGGCCGGCUGCGCGUAAUCGCUAUGCUUCUCAGCCUUUGGCCGUUCCUGGCCAUGUCAACAAUUUGCCGUUCCAGCCUCGUACCUCCAGUCCUCUGGCUUAUCAUGAAAAGGCUUCGUAUCAACCCGAUGAGGCUCAGGCUCAACAACCGCAGCCCCCCUCGCUGCAGCCAUCGGUUGAUCUUUCUCCACCACGUGCGCAGCGGCCUAGCAUUGAUCAAGGCUCUCCUUACGCUCCCCAAAUGUCAAAUGGUAUUGGCAGCCUUGAUGGUGCAACCCCCCGGCUGCCCCACGACAGACUCCCCCGCCGACCAAGAAUCGCUAUGCACCACCGGAUAGCGGGGGUCGCGCCACCGUCAUCCCAUCAUGCGACCGAGUCGCAGCCUGCUCCUCCUCGCCGAUCCCAUACGUCCUCGCCGGGUCAACAAAUGACGAGCCCCCGCGCUGCUGUGCCUCCACUUACAACUUUACCGCGCCCGGCGUCUGUACACGGCUCAGCUUCGCCUACCAAGACGACCAAUCCGUAUGCACCAGUCCAGCCUUCUAUCCAGGGUCGCGCUCGUGCUCUCUCUCAGCACCUGGAGUUUAUCGCACCCACCGACGGACAAGAACAGGACCCUCUUCAGCGAUGGAAAGGCGCCCCUAUCUUCAAGUUCGGCUUUGGUGGUGCGGUUGUCUCUUGCUUCCCCCAGCAGAUUCCCCGGUACUCUGUUGGCCAAGCCCUUCCAAUGAUCAAACCCAGUCCUGGCGAGCCCAAGCUCUCCCAGACCAGCCAAUGGGUUCCCACCCUGGAUACUAUUGUUCAGCAUCCUGGUUUGCUCAAGGCCAAGUCUAAGAAGAAGGAUGUGCUCGCCUGGCUGUCAAGCAAGAUUGCUGCUUUCGAAAAUGACAUGCCUCAAGGUUUUGACCAGUCCCAUCCCGACAUACAGAAGCGCCACGAGGAAAAGAUCCUCCUCUGGAAGGUUGUCAAAAUUCUAGUUGAGAAUGACGGCCAACUUGAGGGGUCGGCCGAGAUACAGAACUCUCUUCGUCAGGUAUUCGUGCCAAAUCUUCCAGAACUCGGUCCCGAUGGCUCCGUGAUCAGUCCCUUUGGAACUUCUCCCGGAUUUGCUUCCUUGGGGGCAUCAUCCCAGCCGGAUGGAGCCGCUGAUUCCCAGUGGAUGGAAGAGCUGCGGAAUCUUUUGCUCCUAGGUGAACGAGAAAAAGCCGUCUGGGCCGCCGUCGACCGCCGUCUAUGGGGACACGCAAUGAUUCUUGCAUCUACCAUGGAUCGGGCCAUUUGGAAGCAGGCUGUCCAAGAGUUUGUUCGACGUGAGAUCAAAUCCACAGCUGUCAACACCGAAUCACUUGCAGCCCUCUACGAAAUCUUCGCUGGAAACGUUGAGGAAAGCGUUGACGAGCUUGUACCUCCCUCCGCACGGGCUGGACAUCAACUCAUUAGCAUGAACGAUCGCCAUGGUUCCACAAAGAACGCGCUGGAUGGGUUGAAUAGCUGGAGAGACACCGUCGGGUUGGUGCUGAGCAAUCGAAGCUCGGAAGAUCAGCAGUCACUACUUGCUCUUGGUCGUUUACUGGCUUCUUAUGGCCGCGUGGAGGCAGCGCAUAUCUGCUUCAUUUUCUCCCGCAGCGCAGUCUUUGGUGGCGCCGAUGAUCCUCAAGCGAACAUUGUGCUCCUUGGUGCUGAUCACCAGCGUCUUCCUUGCUCUUUGAUGGAUGAGGACGCCAUUCUUCUCACUGAGAUCUACGAGUAUGCUACCUCCGUCCUGGCCAAUUCGCCGGUGGCCAACCUGCCAUAUCUCUUGGCCUUCAAGCUCGUCCACGCCAAGCAGCUUGCCGAUCGGGGGCGCAAGUCUGAGGCUCAGAUCUACUGUGAUGGCGUUGCCGCAUCGCUCAAAGCAACCACGCGACCAUCGCCUUACCACCAUCAACACUUGUUUGUUGAGGUUGAUGAGCUUUCUGCUCGACUUCGUCAAACCACCACCGAUGGUGGCUCUUGGAUCUCUAAGCCGAGCAUGGAGAAGGUAUCCGGAUCGAUGUGGGCUCGCUUUAACAGCUUUGUUGCUGGUGAUGAUAGCGAUGCGGUGUCGACAGGUUCUGGCAAAGCAGGCGAGAUUGGAGACUUUGGUCCCUUUGCCAACGUUGCAGGAACGCCAACUGUCAGCCGUUCCCCCUCCGUGUCUGACCUGUAUGGCUCAUAUCCCGGAGCAGCGGCGGCUCAACCCAUCCCUGCUCCUUCUGGCGGUUCCUCGAGAUACAUGCCGAACCAGUAUGCGCCAAAUGCAUCGCCUGAACAAUUCCGGGGACGAUCUUCAAUGGAUUCCCAGAGGUCUCCAUCGUUUGGUGGCGUUCCCUUUGGACAACGUCGGACCUCACAAGAAUACCCUGCUUCUCCAAUCGAGAGCUUUGCACCCAUAUAUGGCUCUCCUGGCGCUGUUUCAGGUUACCAGCCUACUCCGCCUCAGACAUCCUAUAUGCCCCUUGCUUCAGUCGAAGAGGAUUUGAAUACCCAAUCGCCUGCAGACGCGGUACCGCCUACCCAGCCAGUGCCUGCUGUUAAUGGUCUCUUCUAUCAGCAUCAUGGACAGCAAGAGCAGCAACAGCAUGAGGCCGAACAGACACCGGCUCCGGAAGCUUCGUCGUAUAUGCCACCGCCUACCAAUGCAUAUGCGCCGCCUUCGUAUGCUGCCCCUGACUUGACUCCUGCGUCAGAGGAAACGGAUCAACCAUCCGCAGUGGAUGAGGAGCCUGAGACUCGGAAGAAGAAGUCUUUCAUGGAUGACGAUGAUGAUGACGACCUUGCUGCUAGGGCCACUGCCAUGCAGAAGGCUGAGAACGACCGUAAGGCGGAUGAAGCGUUCAGAAAGGCUGCGGAAGAAGAUGCCAAGAGAGACGCCCAGCAAGCCCAGAAGAAGGGAUGGUUCGGUGGGUGGUUUGGAGGCGCCAAGAAGGAAGCUGAGAACCCGGGCGGCGGUCCCAUCAAGGCCAAGCUCGGCGAAGAAAAUUCCUUCUACUAUGAUAAGGACCUCAAGAAGUGGGUCAAUAAGAAGGACCCCAACUCUGCUGCUGCUGUUCGUGCUACGCCGCCUCCACCACGAGGUUCUGCCCCACCGAGUCGAGCUGCCAGCUCUGGCAGUAUGCCUCCUCUCGCUGGACCUCCCAUGUCCGGUGCAGGUAGCCGACCUCAGUCUUCUGCUAGCGAUAUGCCGCCUCCACCUCUUUCAUCCAGCCCUGCGUUGUCAGGACUUGGUGUGCCACCACCUCUCGGUAACAUGCCUCGUUCAGUCUCUACGGGUGCGGCUGUUCCAACACCGCCUGGUAGCUCAUCUGGCCCACCACGACCUGCGUCGUCUUUGACCCAUGCCAAUUCGAUUGAUGAUCUCCUCGGCGCUCCCACCGCGCGCAAGGGAAACACCGUCAAGGGCAAGAAGAAGGGCCGCUACGUCGAUGUGAUGGCUCAAUAA